CCAUCAUCGUCGACUUGAUAUGGACCGAAGGGCAGCCGAGGUCCUCUCCUCUUUAACUGGUCCCUGGGCAGCAUAUUCGGCCAAUGAUGUUCCCUCGAAAUCUGUCCAGAGUUCAUUUAUUCUCAUCAAUCUUCAAUUUCCAUUGUCCACCGACGAACCCUACUCUGACGAUGGCCCCACUGUCUCUGUUCUUCUUCUUCGCGAUCGUUCGGGCCCAGGUGACGAUCCCGGCCAGGUUGGACGGGUUCGUGUACAAGAAUGGCUCGUUCAGUGUCGAUUCGAUCAUGAUUGAGGCCUUCUUUGACCCCGUCUGCCCAGACAGCAGGGACGCUUGGCCUCCUCUCAAGCAGAUCCUCCAUCACUAUGGUGAUCGUCUCUCCCUCAUCGUUCACCCCUUCGCUUUACCUUACCAUGACAAUGCUUUCGUUUCUUCUCGUGCUUUGCAUAUUGUAAAUAAGCUGAAAAUUUCUGCCACAUAUGACUUGUUGGAGUUGUUCUUUAAGCACCAGGAGGAGUUUUACAACCAACCAACCUUCAACAUGUCUAAGGCGUCUAUUGUAAGUCGCAUUGUGAACAUGGCAACAGAAGCAGCUGGUAACUCCUACUAUUCUGCAAUUGCAGCUGGCUUUACUGACAGGAAUACCGAUCUCAUGACAAGGGUUUCGUUCAAGUAUGGUUGUUCAAGAGGGGUGUUUGGGACCCCUAUUUUCUUUGUGAAUGGAUUUCCAUUGCCUAAUGGUGGCUCGGCCAUUGACUACAAAACAUGGAGAAGCAUGAUCGAUCCAUUAGUUAACCAACUAGGCAUGAAGUAGGAGGAACUUGUACAUUUCUUCUAAUGAAGGACGCUUGAUUUCUAUAUUCAAAUAAACUUGUACACUAUGUUUGGUUGGGGAAUUUGAGGAGAGAUUUGAAAAAAGAAUGGAAAAAUAUAUGUGAAAUUUGGUGAAAUAUAGGUAUAUUUUAUUCAUAUUUCACCUACAUUUUUCAUUUCUUUUUCCAACUCUCUCUUCAAAUCCCUCUACCAAACACAGCAGUAAAGAAUUGAAUCUCCUGAAACUCAGUCUCUUAUUUCCUUUCCAUUUAUUUGCUUUCGCUUGUAGGAAUGAUAUAAACAAAAUAUAAAGGAGCUAUGCAGAAUGCAAUUGUUGAAAGAAUUGAUAGCAUUUGACUAGCCAUGGUAGCGAAUGAAUAAAUUUUUGAGGAA